AUGUCAUUUUCCGGACCGCAAUUAGAACCCCUGAGUGGGAGCCCUUCGAUAUGGCAAUGGAUCUUCGAGGACGAUGAGCUCUUGUUAGGUCAAUCUACUUCAGCGGAUCCAGCCCUAUCACAAACUCGCGGAUUUCACGACAGCGACACCGGCGAGUUCCUUUCAUUUCAUGACGUAAAGUUCAUUGCUAUCAUUGUCUCGACGAUUCUGUAUCAAGACUAUGAUGUCAGACCAGGGCAAAAGAUCGCCAUCAUUGGACAGAACUCCAUCUGGUAUCCUGUUGCAAUGCUAGCUGCGAGUCGACUAGGUGCUGUAGUUACACUGUUACCGCCUGGAUCAAUGGAGGAUGAUCUGGUCUAUUUCCUGGGAACGUCGAAGACGACACUUGUGUUUACUGACGAGGGCGCUAUCAAUGAGGUCACAGCCGCUUGCAAAGCAAUCGGGUUGUCAGCAAGGAAUAUUCUUAGACUUGGUGGGUCCAAGGAUGAGACAAACAGCCUCCAGAACUUACGGCAACGGGGAGAAUUACUCUAUCCUUCAUCCUACGCGACAUCCUGGGAGCCUAAAUACAACGAGGCCUCACCAUGCGCAUUUCUUUCUUGGAGCUCUGGUACUACCGGGAAGCCCAAAGCUGUUCAGAUAUCUCACGCCAACAUCAUCAGCCAGCUCCGUCAAAUCACCGCCCUCACUCCAUCCAACCGGCGGCGGAGAGUACUGGGUGUCCUUCCCUUCUAUCAUAUCACCGGUCUGGUCCAUCUGCUUCAUCUGCCCUUUGUCCUCGAGCAGCAAAUGGUGAUAAUGGCCAAGUUCGACAUGAGACAUAUGAUGGAGACCAUUGUGAGAUUCAAAUGCGAUGAACUAUGGCUUGUGCCUCCUCUGCUGAUCCGAUUACUGAACGACAAGUCGGUCCAAGGAUACGACCUGUCAUUUGUUAAACAAUUCAACACAGGCGCAGCUCCAUUAGCCGAUCAAGUCAUCGCUCAGCUUGCGAAGAAGUUUCCGACUGUUGCUGUCCGACAGGCCUGGGGCAUGACAGAGACCACGUCGUGCUUGACUGUGACUCCGCCGGAUUUGAGCACCUGGAGCAACGCCUCAAAGGUUGGCAAGUUGGUUCCAGGUACCGAGAUACGUGUUGUGGACCCUGACACAGGAGAGGAUGUGCCACCUGGAAGUGUUGGAGAGAUUUGGGCGAAGGGACCUCAAGUUACUAUAGGUUACCUGGGCCGUGCUGAAGAAACCGCGGCAUCAUAUCUGGCAGACGGCUUCUUCAAGACCGGUGACCUUGGUUCCAUCGACAACGAAGGAUUCAUCACAAUUCACGAUCGGAUCAAGGAGAUGAUAAAGGUACGAGGUCAUGCAGUAGCUCCAGCUGAACUUGAAGACCUCCUUCACGGCCAUCCUAAAGUCAAAGAUGCUGCCAUAAUUGGCAUCCCCGAUGACUAUUCUGGUGAGACACCCAGAGCCUUCGUAGUACUUGCAGGUGGGGUCCUUGCGGGCCCAGAGGUUGUGAAAGAGUUACAGGAAUUUAUUGCGGCGAGAAAGGCGAAGUAUAAACGCUUGAGUGGUGGCGUUGAGUUCAUGGAUCAGAUUCCAAAGAGUGCUUCUGGCAAGAUUCUUCGUCGCGUGUUGAAGGCGUCAUGGAAGGAGAGGAUGGAGUCACAAAGGGCGAAGCUGUGA